CCUGUGGAAUCUCGGAAUUCCGAGACACGGGGCCCCGGCGCGCGUCUCCCGGCGCGGGAUUCCUCUCACGCAGACUCCCAUUCAAAAGAUGCCGAAGGGGCGGCGCGGCAGCCAGAACCCCAAGAUGAGCCAGCGGCCGGCCCCGCCCCUCUACUUCCCGUCGCUCUACGACCGGGGCAUCUCGUCGUCUCCGCUGAGCGAUUUUAACAUCUGGAAGAAGCUCUUCGUGCCGCUCAAGGCGGGCGGGGCGCCGGCGGGCGGGGUGGCGGCGGCGGUAGCGGGGGUCCGACCCCUGCCUCUGGCAGCCCCCGCCACGGUGCCGCCGCCGCCGCCUGGCCUGGGUCCCCCCAGCGAGCGCCCGUGCCCUCCGCCUUGGCCGUCCGGCCUGGCCUCUAUACCUUACGAGCCUCUGCGCUUCUUCUACUCGCCGCCGCCAGGGCCCGAGAUGGCAGCUGCAGCCCUGGUCCCCGGCUCCACGACCCCCUGGCUCGCCUCCGCCUCCCACCCCGAGGAGCUGUGCGAGCUGGAGAUCCGGAUUAAGGAGCUGGAGCUGCUCACCAUCACUGGAGACGGCUUCGACUCCCAGCGCUAUAAGUUCCUGAAGGCGCUGAAAGAUGAAAAAUUACAAGGACUGAAGACGACCAGGCAACCUGGAAAGUCGGCCUCCGUCUCCUGAGGAGCUGCCUCCCAGAGCCGGGCAGCCACCUCCUUAGAUGUUAGUGCUUAGAUAAUGUGUCCUUUUGUUGUCAUUUCAAAGAUGGUUAUUUUCUGUUCUGUAGUUACUACUGUUGUUGUUGCUCCCAGCACGUACCUUCACAUACAGUUGCCCGCUUGCAUGGUAAAUCUCAUGGCCUCUCUCCUCUCUGCUGAUGCUGGGGGUCCUCCCUCAUGGGAUGUAGAGCAUGGUAAAUCUCAUGGCCUCUCUCCUCUCUGCUGAUGCUGGGGGUCCUCCCUCAUGGGAGGUAGAGCAUGGUAAAUCUCAUGGCCUCUCUCCUCUCUGCUGAUGCUGGGGGUCCUCCUCACUCAUGGGAUGUAGAGCAUGGUAAAUCUCAUGGCCUCUCUCCUCUCUGCUGAUGCUGGAGGUCCUCCCUCAUGGGGUGUAGAAUUCCUGUCUGGCCUGCUAUCCAGAGUCUCUUGUGGCUUAAGGAGCGGACCCAAUACUGCCACUGCCAGGCACACCAGGCUGGCCCAUAUGUAGGAGAGACUUAAAGCACAGGCAAUAAAUACUGGUCCUGAUGUUGA